AUGCGGGUUCUACUUGCUGCCGCUCUUGCGGCUAUCGCCAGCACUGCUCGAGCCCAGGUUGGUGGUUAUGGCCAAUGCAUGUGUGGGGGAAUUGGAUACACUGGAAGCACGAGCUGCACUUCGAGUUUUUACUGCACUUCGCAGAAUCCUUACUACUAUCAAUGUGUUCCCGGAACGUCUACGACAAGCACUAAGACGACCUCAUCGGUUCACUCCACGACGACAACCACUACAUUGAAGACAACCCUAACGACAACCACCACAACUUCCCGGACGACGACCUCGACAGGAGCCACUUGUACGGGAACAUUCGUUUCAAUUUCCGCGUCCGACUUUGUUGCUAGCCUCCACCCAGGAUGGAAUCUGGGCAAUACGCUGGACGCCACUCCUGACGAAGGAUCCUGGAAUAACCCACCGGUGGUUGCGUCCACAUUUGAUACGGUGAAGUCUGCCGGGUUCAAGAGCGUUCGCAUUCCAGUCACAUACGCUUAUCACUUCACCAGCGACUCUCCAGAGUGGACUGUCAAUUCAACUUGGCUGCAGCGAGUUUCGAGCGUAAUUGACAUGGCCACUUCCCGUGGCCUUUACACCAUUGUCAACGUUCACCAUGAUUCCUGGAUUUGGGCCGAUGUCACCCAAGCCGAUGCUAAUAUCACUAUGAUCGAAGAGAAAUUCUACCGACUAUGGUACCAAAUUGGUACCAAGCUGGCCUGCAAACCCAGCCUCGUUGCAUUCGAGCCCAUCAACGAGCCGCCCUGUGAUAAUGCAGAUAACGCUGCGGAAAUCAACCGGCUGAAUCAGAUUUUCCUGCAGGCUAUCAACGAUGCUGGCGGGUUUAAUUCCCAGCGCGUUGUGACCCUAGUUGGUGGCGGCGAAGACAGCAUCAAGACCUCCGAGUGGUUUGUGGCUCCAUCGGGCUUCCCGAAUCCAUAUGCGAUUCAGUUCCACUACUAUAGUCCUUAUGACUUUAUCUUCAGCGCUUGGGGCAAGACUAUCUGGGGUUCCGACGCUGAUAAAGCUGCCGUGCUGUCCGACUUGACUUUGCUGCGAAAUAACUUCACAAAUGUCCCCAUAGUGCUCGGCGAGUAUGAUGCCUCUCCCACCAACACCGAGCCAGCCGCUCGCUGGAAGUAUGUUGACUAUCUCAUUCGCAACGCACUCUCCUUCGAUGUCUCCUGCAUCCUCUGGGAUAACGGUCUAGAUCAUUUGGACCGCACUACUGGUGUCUGGCGCGAUCCGGAAUCGAUCUCAAUGAUCACCAAGUCGACUAAAUCAACUGCCAACAGCUUGCCAGACAGCACCGAGGAUGGCAACGCCGCCACGCAAUGGUCGUCAGCCUAUAUCUUCCAUCAAUACGGUACUGCUGUGGCGGCCCAGAGCUUGCCUUUCAUUUUCAAUGGAAAUACGGUAUCCUCGAUAAGCGAUUCUACUGGCUCAAAACUGGCAUCUGGGACGGACUACUCUGUCUCCGGAUCAAACAUCACCUUCUCGGCCUCAUAUCUUUCCAAGCAUUUGUCAUCAACGACAGCGCCGGGAGUCAUUGCAAACCUCACUGUGACUUUCUCUGGUGGUGACUCGUCACCCGUCAUCCAGAUUGUCCAAUGGCAGACCCCGACUCUCUCGUCCACCUCGGCCGUGGCAUCUGCCGUCGAGGGAGCUGACCUCUCUAUUCCGAUCACCUGGGGCGGACUGGCUACCGUGGCAGCUGUUAAGGGCAUGACCACCAGCGGCGUUUAUCUGGUGGAUAGCUGGACGGAGUACCUUGGUCCUAUACAGCAAGCUAGAAUGACCUACUCCAGCCAAUAUAACUGGGGCGCCUCGGAUGUGAUCAUUACGUCCUCUGCUAUUGACUCCGUCAUCGCCGGUGGUGAAACGACUGUCUUUACGUUUGAGUUCUUUCCCCGAGACAAUGGUGCCUCAAAUGCGGUCAAUUUUACCCUGACGGUCUGA